AUGGCUGCCUCCCACCCCAUCAUCAGCGGAGCCCCCAUCCUGCUCGAGCCAGGGUUCAAGUUUAGACCCACCGACGAGGACGUCGUGGUGCACUACCUCCGCCCCCGUGCCAUGAAUGCACCACUUCCCUCCGGAUUCAUUGUCGAUGUGGACCUCCUGAGCCACAAUCCUUGGGAGCUAGUGCCAGAGGGAUCCGCGGAGAAGUACUAUUUUUCCCGGAGGGUUACCAGGUGGCCACGUGGGAACCGGCGCAAGCGCGCUGCGGGUGAUGGCCACUGGAAGGCAUCAGGCAAGGACGUGCCCAUCUUUAGCAAAGGCAUCAAUGGUAGAGUUCCUUUGAUGGUUGGGUUGAAGAAGACCAUGGUUUUCUACCGCGGCAAGGCGCCGUUCGGUGAGAACACGGAGUGGGUCAUGGAAGAGUACAGGCUCGCUGAAGCUGGCCUCAUGCCUGGUCGUGUGAUGAGGCCAAGAGAGGGUGGCAACUUUGGAAAAUGCGGCUGCGCUGCAGCAGUCAUUGCAAAGAAAAAUGAUGAGCUGUCUGAAGCACUCCGCAACGCCAUUGCAAACCUUAACAAAGUUCCUGUUCUGGUAAACCCAGACGAUUCCUGGGUUGUUUGCCACAUCUACAAGAAGAAGAAGAAGUGCGCAAUGCCACGCGUCGUCGCCCAGAGUUACAACAUUGCAGGAGGAGGGCAGGUCCCCUUCUUCGACUUCAUUGGGCAGGGUAACCCUGAGAGGACUGCCAGCAGCUCAAGUAGCCUCACCGGACCCCCUUCAGAGAAGGAGAACGAUGACACAGGCGGCAGCACCAACGAAAAGGCUUGCUCCGGCGAGGGCAAGUGAUUGAGUAUGGCAGCCAUGGUGCAAGAGUGA